AUGCCACUUAAUUCUGGGCUGUGGACCGCUCACGCAGAUGGAGAAGUCCUUCUGAGGCUGUCGAGACAUGGGCCAGGCCACGAGACCCCAGUAACCAUCCCCGAACUUUUUCGGGAGUCAGUCAACCGAUUUGGGACUUAUCCGGCCCUCGUAUCAAAGAGCACCGAAAACUGGGAAAUUCUUAAUUUCAACCAGUACUACGAGGCUUGUCGGAAGGCUGCGAGAGCCUUGAUCAAGCUGGGCCUGGAGCGGUUCCACGGAGUCGGCAUCCUGGGCUUUAACUCUGCGGAGUGGUUGAUCGCUUCUCUAGGCACCAUCCUAGCCGGGGGCCUGUCUGUCGGAAUCUAUGCCACCAACUCUGCAGAGGCUUGUCAGUAUGUCAUCACUCGUGCCAAAGUGAACAUCUUGCUGGUUGAAAAUGACCUACAGCUACAGAAAAUCCUUUCGAUUCCACAGAGCAGCAUAGAGACCCUGAAGGCCAUCAUCCAGUACAAGCUGCCAAUGAAUGUGCACAAUAAAGACAACCUGUACUCUUGGGAUGACUUCAUGGAACUGGGCAAUAGCAUCCCCAAUUCUCAGCUGGACCAGAUCAUAGCAGGGCAGAAGGCCAAUCAGUGUGCCGUGCUCAUGUACACUUCCGGGACCACGGGCAACCCCAAGGGGGUGAUGCUCAGCCAUGACAACAUCACGUGGACGGCCGGGGCGGUGUCCAGGGACUGCGGCUUCUCUCACGCCCGAGAAAAGCAGGAGGUGUUGGUCAGCUACCUCCCCCUCAGCCACAUUGCGGCCCAGAUGCUGGAUGUCUGGGUGCACAUGAAGAUCGGGGCCGUCAUGUACUUCGCUCAACCAGAUGCUCUCAAGGGCACCUUGGUCGAUACUCUGCAGGAGGUAAAGCCUACCAUCUUUUUGGGGGUGCCCCGAAUUUGGGAGAAGAUGCAAGAGAGGAUAAAGGAAAAUGGCACCAGAGACUCGCAGUUGAAGAAGAAGGUGUUUUCAUGGGCAAGAGCUAUUGGCUUAAAGAUCAAUAAAAAAAAGAUGCUGGGGAUAUACGAGACCCCCGUGACCUACCAGUUAGCGAAGGCGCUCGUGUUCAGCAAAGUCAGGAGCGCCCUGGGCCUCGAACGCUGCCGCUUUCUCAUGAGCGGGGCCGGGUUCCUCGGCCCAGACACCUCCGAGUUCUUUCUGAGCCUGGACAUCCCUGUGGGUGAGAUGUACGGUUUAAGCGAAAGCUCAGGACCUCACACGGCACACAGCUGGGAAAACUACAGGAUCCUAAGCUGCGGAAAAAUCCUAAGUGGGUGUAAAAAUAUGCUGUACCAGCAGAACAGCGACGGCACCGGGGAGGUGUGCCUCUGGGGCCGGCACGUGUUCAUGGGCUACCUGGAAAGGGAGCAGGAUACCAUGGAGGUCAUCGACGAGCAAGGCUGGCUGCACAGCGGGGACUUGGGCCACAUGGACAGCCAGGGUUUCCUCUUCAUCUCUGGCCGUGUCAAAGAAAUCAUCAUCACAGCCAGCGGUGAGAACGUGUCCCCUGGCCCCAUCGAGAACAUGAUUAAGAAGAAGAUCCCCAUCCUCAGUCACGCCAUGUUGGUGGGAGAUAAGGCGAAGUUUCUGAGUAUCCUGCUGACGCUGAAGUGUGAGAUGGACUCGAUAACCGGAGAGCCGUUGGACAAACUGAACUCGGAGGCCAUCAAGUUCUGCCAGAGCGUGGGCAGCCAGGCGACCACCGUGACUGAGAUCGUGGGGCAGCACGACCUCCGGGUCUACGCGGCCAUCCAGAGGGGCAUCGAUGCUGCGAACCAGGAGGCCAACUCCGGCGCACACAGGGUUCAGAAGUGGGUCAUCUUGGAGAAGGACUUUUCCAUCUGGGGUGGAGAGCUGGGUCCAACGACAAAGAUGAAGAGAUACUUCAUAAUCCAGAAAUACAAAAAGCAAAUUGAAAACUUCUACCAGUGACUUCACUGCGAGCCACUCUCGGCUGCCCUGCUGGUGAGACCGGCCGCGCCUCGAGCGAGUCCAGCCCAGGCGGUCCCUCGUGUGGCAGGUAGGUCCGCGAGCAGAGCUGUGGCAGCCACGCGCACACGUGCGCACGCCUUCGGUCACCGUGGUCCUGGGUAGUGUCCGGCCUCGGCUCUCGCUGUCUCUGCCAGGGUCGCGCAGGGCACGCGGGCUCCUUCGUGGUCGGCCGCCCACAUCGUUAGCUGUUAUUCUGGCCUUUUCCACUUGUCGCUGAGAGGGAGCAGAGCAAUCUUCCCCUCCAGGACCAGAGCUGUUCGUUAGACGCCCAGAUGUUUCACUGUGGCCUCUCUGGAGAAAGCCGCUUGCCAGAAACUUGGCUGAGGGGAGCACUACCUGCCAGGAACCCCAGGAAUGAAGCGUGGUGGCCCGUCACAGACGGCAAGGGACGGAGACUUGUGUUCCUGCCCAGCCCUCCUUCCCCCCCAAGUCUUGUCCUUAGGGAGCCCCCGUGACACUGCGAGUCACUAGACGUGGUGCAGGCAGAGAGAGAACGCGCCGUCACAUCGUCAGUCAUCCUUGGGGCCACCUGUAACCCUGUGGC